UAUGUACUUACUUUUAUAUAUAUAUAUACACACACAUACAUACACAUAGGUACAUAUGUAUAUGUACUAUUAAGUGUGUAUUACAUGUCACAAGUGUUUAGGUUAGAAAACUGUGUACUUCCGAACGAAGUGACAUCAAUAGCAUAGUAAAACAAACCUCGAAAUAAAAUUACUUUUGUCCCAAUUAUUAGAAAAUAACGUUUUGACAUCAAUGAUACUAACUAUUUUUAGUAACUUAAAGUAAAAUUAUUUAAUUAUUAUUAAUACAAAAUGGAUAAGUUAACAAUUAUUUCGGGAACAUUAUUUUUUGCUGCCGAUAUAUUUGCAAUUGUCAGUCUGGCUAUGCCUGAUUGGAUUAUUACUGAUGUUGGUGGAGAUACAAGACUAGGACUAAUGUGGUCAUGUAUGACUUUAUAUAAUAGACCUCCAGUUUGUUACAGUUCAAAUUUGGAACCAGAAUGGUUUAUGGCUCUUAUUUGUAUUUUUGUUGGUUGCAUUUUAAUAACAGCCACUAUAAUAUUAUUAGCUACUUCUCAUUGGGAUCGUAAUGUUAUUUCCUAUGCAAGAUGGGUAGGAUUUACAGCUAAUUUUAUUUUAGUGGUGCUGUUUUGCUUAGCAGCUGUUAUAUUUCCAAUGGGUUUUCACAUUGAUGAGAUUGGUGGACAACCAUAUCAGUUACCAAAUUCACAUCAAGUUGGCAUUUCUUAUAUACUUUUUGUUUUAGCUUUGUGGAUAACAGUAAUUUCAGAAUUAUUUGCUGGUAAAGUUUGUCUCCCACAUUUUUAGCAUAUAUCAUUUCCUCAAUAUAUUUUUUAUAUCUGUAUGAUAUUGUUCGUAGCUAUUGCAUAUUCUGUAGGAUUUAAAGCUACAUGAUAUAUUAU